CACACUGCCUCCGUCGGGAGCGAGUCUCAAUCUUCGGAUAAAAUUUGAAUGACCAUGCCUUCGCCUUCGUCUGUCCUGCUGCUCCUGGUGGGGGUCAGCCUCCAAGCGGCCCUCUGCCAUGGUUGCCCCGCGCCCUACAAGAGUUUUGCAAAUCGCUGGUGCUUGCUGGUGGUCGUUACUGCCCCAAAGAACGGCCCUGGUGAGCCUCUGUUGUGGAACGAAGCCCGGGCCAAGUGCGGAGAAGCCAGGGGCGAUUUGGCUGUCAUUGACAAGCACGAAAAGCUUCAGCUGCUGUCCAGGUUCAUCGAUGAGACAUAUCCAGGCCAACCAGCGCCACAAAAUGACGUCGCCUCCUUAGUACCCAGCGACCAGGUCCACGGAAGACGCUACGUUACCAGCAACACUCACCAGACUCAAGCUCCUGGUUACAUCUGCGAACGGUUUUAG